UUUUGCCUUCAGUCUGCAGCCUGCUCCUUUCUCCGUUGUGCCGCUGGGCUUUGGCGCAGGGGGGUGGGGAGGGAUCUCGCGAUUGUUGAACUUUUCGGGGGGAGAGUUAUUUGGAAGAUGGCGCCCGUUGUUACGGGGAAGUUUGGUGAGAGACCGCAGCCUCAACGAUUGACAAGGGAGGCUAUGAGAAAUUAUUUGAAAGAAAAAGAUGACCAAACUGUGCUAAUUCUGCAUGCAAAAGUAGCCCAAAAGUCUUAUGGUAAUGAGAAACGGUUUUUUUGCCCACCACCAUGUGUAUAUCUGUUGGGCAGUGGCUGGCAGAAGAAGCAGGAAAAAAUGGAAAGAGAAGGCUGCACGGAGCUGGAGGCUCAACCUUGUGCCUUCAUUGGAAUAGGGAACAGCGAACAGGAAAUGCAACAACUUAAUCUGGAGGGAAAGCACUUCUGCACUGCAAAAACACUGUAUAUCAGUGACUCAGAUAAACGUAAACACUUCAUGCUUUCUGUGAAGAUGUUGUACGGAAACAGCGCCAACAUUGGCGUCUUCCUGAGCAAGAGGAUAAAGGUCAUCUCCAAACCAUCCAAAAAGAAACAAUCUCUUAAAAACGCAGACUUGUGCAUAGCUUCAGGGACAAAGGUGGCUCUGUUUAAUCGCUUACGUUCUCAGACAGUCAGCACCAGAUAUCUUCAUGUGGAUGGGGGAAACUUCCAUGCCAGUUCACAGCAGUGGGGGGCCUUCUUCAUUCACCUCUUGGACGAUGAAGAGUCUGAAGGGGAGGAGUUUGCAGUGAGAGAUGGCUAUAUUCACUAUGGACAAACGGUCAAACUGGUCUGUUCUGUCACUGGCAUGGCUCUCCCUAGACUGAUCAUACGGAAAGUGGACAAGCAGAAUGCAUUAUUAGAUGCAGAUGACCCAGUUUCUCAGCUCCACAAGUGUGCUUUCUACCUCAAAGACACAGACAGGAUGUAUCUUUGCCUCUCACAAGAACGGAUCAUUCAAUUUCAGGCGUCACCGUGUUCCAAAGAAGCUAACAAAGAGGUCAUUAACGAUGGGGCUUCUUGGACCAUCAUUAGCACAGACAAAGCAGAGUACACUUUCUUUGAAGGCAUGGGUCCUGUUCCAAAUCCAGUCACACCUGUCCCUGUGGUGGAGAGUCUACAGUUGAAUGGUGGUGGGGAUGUGGCGAUGUUGGAGCUGACAGGACAGAAUUUUACCCCUAACCUCAGAGUCUGGUUUGGAGAUGUGGAGGCUGAUACCAUGUAUAGGUGUGGUGAAAGUGUGCUGUGUGUGGUCCCAGACAUCUCAGCCUUCAGGGAGGGUUGGCGAUGGGUGCGACAGCCAGUGCAGGUCCCUGUCACUCUGGUCCGGAAUGAUGGAAUAAUCUACUCCACUGCCCUCACCUUCACUUACACCCCUGAGCCAGGCCCACGGCCUCACUGCAGUGCUGCUGGAGCCAUCAUACGCUCUCAAAGCACUUCUUCAUCAUCACCUGCCUCCUCUUCCUCGCCUUCCUCCUCCCUGGGUGGUCUGGGGGAAAGUCAAGGGGCUUACAGUGGCAGUGACUCAGGCCUAUCAUCUGGAGGCUCAAGCAUGUCACUAUCUUCAUAGUAAAUGUAUUUUUUGUGUGAAGUAAUUUCCCAAAGAGGCCCAUGGACCUGCACAAACAGCACACAAGUAACUCUAUCUCAAAGAGAAAUGAUCAAAACGUGCUUUAUUGAAAGCUGCUUGGACAAGACUUGCCCACUAGCUCCCUCUUGUGGAUUGGUAUGGACAAGUCACCAGGACAUGGAUUAAAUUGAAAAACCAAACUUAAAAACGUCUUUUAACAAUGUCACAUGUCUUUGUUUUUAAAGCUGUUAUUAGGCUUUUGCUUUCUUUCCAUUGAGGUCAAGAGCCUGCAAGGGAACAUUUCACUGACCAAGGAAUAUUGUUAUAUUAUUUUAUAUACAUAUUAUAUUUUAUAAGCAUUUAUGGAGGUACAUUUUUGAUAUUUUUGUAAUAUAGUUAUCUUUUGUUACCAAAUAGAAUUCUGCAUAUUACUCAAUAGCAUAACUAGCAGGUUGAAUAAUUGUCUAAAAUGGUCUAACAAUUUCAGUUUUAUAAAUUACACUGCUAUGCUAAUUACAUUGCUUUAUGUCAAAAAACUCAUACCACAAUCAGUUUCUCUAAUACCGGUCAGAUAUUGCUCUUUUUAGUUAAAGUCUGUGUCAUUGGUUUUACAAAAAAUCUGUAGUUGUAGAACAACCAAUAUUGAGGCUGAUACUGUGUAUUAAAUUGUAAUGUUUUAUCAUAGAGCAUUAUUAAAUUAUAUUAAGGGUG